UCACCGGCCCCCACUGUGCUUGGCAGCCUGGCAGGACAAGGCGCCGGCGGUGGGAGAGAGAAUCAGAGAUGAAGAUAGUGAUAACAGUGAUAGAAACGAAGAGAAGAGUGUGUGUGUAGCCUCUCAGUAAUCAGAGGUUCACUAUUUAUACUCCGUUGAGACACAAAGCGGACAGCGGUGUGUGGGUUGGUCGCAGGGUGAUGCUGGUGACACGGACACCAGUCACCAAACAGUGUUUGGCUAACAAUGGGGGACGCCACCACUGCCAGGGUGCUGUCAGGGAAGGAGGUGGCCGGGGAUGUGCGCAAUGGCCUCAAGGAGAAGGUGGCCCAGCUCAAGGCCGAGAAUCCUGACUUUGUUCCUGGAUUGGCCAUUGUUCAGGUCGGGGGGCGGGAGGACAGUAACGUCUAUAUCCGCAUGAAGGUGAAGGCCGCGGAGGAGAUCGGCAUCAAGGCACAGCACAUCAAGUUCCCCCGCACCAUCACGCAGACCCAGCUGGUGCAGGAGAUCAAGAAGCUGAACGCGGACCCCACAGUUCACGGCAUGAUCGUACAGAUGCCCCUGGACUGUGACGAGAAGAUUGACUCCGACCUGGUGCUGGAUACUGUCUCUGCGGAUAAGGAUGUCGAUGGACUGACCACCACCAGCGCCGGCCGACUCUCCCAUGGUAUGCUUGAUGUGGGUUUCCUCCCAUGCACUCCCAAUGGCUGCAUGGAGCUCAUUAGAAGGUCCGGCGCCAAGAUAAGUGGAGCCAAGGCAGUGGUGAUUGGGCGGAGCAAGAUUGUGGGUACACCAAUGGCGGAGCUGCUCAAGUGGAACCAUGCCACCGUCACCACCUGCCACUCCCGCACUGCUGACCUGGCCGAGACUGCGAGGAGUGCGGACAUCCUGGUGGUGGGGAUUGGCAGCCCUGAAUUUGUGAAGGGUUCCUGGGUGAAGCCUGGUGCCGUGGUGAUCGACUGUGGCAUCAACUCCAUUCCUGACCCCAGCAAGAAGUCCGGGUCGCGUCUGGUGGGUGACGUGGAGUAUGGGGCGGCCUCCAAACUGGCGUCGGUCAUCACCCCAGUGCCGGGGGGGGUGGGGCCCAUGACGGUGGCCAUGCUGAUGAACAACACUGUCAUCGCGGCACAGAAGGCGGUGGCACAGCGGUCCGUGGCACUCUGGCCCCUCUCGUACCUCCCGCUCCACCCCUUAGAGAAAGUGCCAAGUGACAUAGAGAUAGCCCAGGCACAGACCCCCAAGGACAUCGCGGAGCUGGCAGCGGAGAUUGGCAUUCUGGACUCGGAGAUUGACCUCUAUGGCAACAAGAAGGCCAAGGUCAAACUCUCCAUUCUGGAUCGCCUCAGGUCACGGAGGAACGGGAAAUAUGUGGUCGUGGCCGGCAUCACCCCUACACCACUGGGGGAGGGCAAGAGCACCACCACCAUUGGCUUGGCUCAGGCUAUUGGUGCCCACCUCAAGAAGAAUGUGUUUGCCUGCGUCCGUCAGCCUUCUCAGGGCCCCACCUUUGGAAUUAAGGGAGGGGCAGCGGGCGGGGGGUACUCCCAGGUGAUCCCCAUGGAGGAGUUUAACCUUCACCUGACGGGCGACAUCCACGCCAUCACGGCCGCCAACAACCUCCUGGCGGCGCAGAUUGACGCACGGAUGUUCCACGAGGCCACACAGACCGACGCGGCACUCUACAACAGACUGGUGCCAAAACUAAAGGGCCAGCGCCAGUUCUCCCCCAUCCAGCUGACCCGACUCAAGAAACUGGGCAUUGUGGAGACUGACCCGGACAAGCUGACCCCAGAGGAGGUCACCAAGUUUGUGCGCCUCAACAUUGACCCGGACACCAUCACCUGGCAGCGGGUGAUCGACACCAAUGACCGAUUCCUGCGCAAGAUAACAGUGGGCCAGAGUGCCACAGAGAAGGGCCGGACCAGGGAGUGCCAGUUUGACAUUACUGUGGCCAGCGAGAUCAUGGCCAUCCUCGCCCUCACCACCUCCCUGGCCGACAUGAGGGACAGACUGGGCCGCAUCGUGGUGGCCGCCGACACUGCUGGCAACCCCGUCACUGCUGAUGAUCUGGGAGCCAGCGGGGCCCUAGCGGUGUUGAUGAAGGACGCGAUCAACCCCAACCUGAUGCAAACCCUGGAGGGAACCCCGGUAUUUGUUCACGCUGGGCCCUUCGCUAACAUUGCCCACGGGAACUCCUCCAUCCUGGCAGAUCGCAUUGCUCUUAAGCUGGUUGGUGAGGAGGGCAUGGUGGUGACAGAGGCUGGCUUUGGUGCCGACAUAGGCCUAGAAAAAUUUUUCAACAUUAAGUGCCGUUACUCUGGGCUGGUGCCAAGUGCCGUGACCCUCGUGGCCACUGUCAGGGCACUCAAGAUGCACGGCGGGGGGCCAACUGUCACCCCCGGAGUGCCACUUCCCCCGGAGUACACCAAUGAGAACCUUGAGCUGGUUGAGGUCGGAUUUAGCAACCUGAAGAAGCAAAUAGAAAACGGGCUUGCCUUUGGAGUUCCUGUUGUUGUUGCCAUUAAUGCAUUUGCCACAGACACCCCUGCUGAGUUGGCCCUGGUGCAGCGGUUGGCGAGGGGGGCGGGGGCCUUCGACGCGAUAAUCUGCAACCACUGGGCCAAGGGGGGGGCGGGAGCGGUGGAGCUGGCCCAGGCUGUCUUCAGGGCCGCCUCACAGCCCUCUAACUUCAGCUUCCUGUACGAGCUGGACAAGCCGGUGGAGGAGAAGAUUCGCACCAUUGCCCAGCGGAUCUAUGGGGCGGAUGACGUGGACAUCCACCCCAAGGCACAGGAGCAGAUCGACCGAUACAAGAAGCAGGGCUUCAACAACCUUCCGAUCUGCAUGGCCAAGACUCACCUCUCUCUGACGGCCGACCCCAAGAGGAAGGGCGCCCCAACUGGCUUCAAAAUACCCAUACAGGACGUCAGGGCUUCCAUCGGGGCAGGCUUCCUCUACCCCCUGGCUGAUACAAAGGAGUGUGGCGAGGGAGACCAGCCAUCCCCGCCCCGACCCCAGCAGGCCGCCCCGCCCCGCCCCAAUGGUGUGCCCCGGCGGACCCUUCACUGGCUCAGGCGGCUGGUGAAGUAAUGGUUGAGAUGACCACAAUGCCUGGCUUGCCAACCCGACCUUGCAUCUACGACAUCGACCUUGACCUGGAGACAAUGGAGGUUAAAGGGCUUUUCUAAGGGGGGGGAAAGGGGGAGAGAAGGACCAGUUAAGUCUUCAAGCAUGUUUUCUCCCGUUUUCUUUCUUGUUUUCUUAGUUAAUGGUUAAAAAUUGUUGUUGUUGCCAUUUUCUGUUGUGUGUGGUGAGUGUGUGGUGAGCGAGUGGUGAGCGAGUGACUGGAGUGGUGUAGGGAGCAGUGGAGUGUGGUGGUGGAGAAAUUUGAGUGUGGUGAAGUGUGGUGAGGGGUGACAGGGAUGUUGGAAGGAAUUUGAGUGGUGAAUAUGUGGUGUAGUGUGGUGUAGAGAGAGUGGUGAGGUGUGGUGUGAGUGAAAUAGUGUGGUUUAGGAAGGAAUUUGAGUGGUGAUGAGUGUGUUGAGGUGUGGUGUAGGAAGGAAAGGGAGUGUAGUGAUGGUGUAUGUGGUGAGGUGUGGUGAGGAUGGAAUGGGUGUGUGGUGUAGUGUGGUGAGAAGUGGUGUAGGAAGACAUUUGAGUGUGGUGAGUUUGGUGAAGUGUGGUGAGUAGUGAGUGGUGUAGGAAGGAGAGAGAGAGAGAGAGAGUGUGUGUGUGGUGAGAAUGAAACAGAGUGAUGAAGGAAGAAAUUAGAAAAAAAGGUCACAUAUUUUUGCUGUAGUGAUGAAAUAAUAGAAAAAAAAAAAAAAAACAAUUUGCUCAAAGUGUACAAAUGACCUGCCAUAGUUGCCAUAACCUGCCAUAAGCUGCCAUAUAUACAUAAUUCUAACGUGUAUACAUCAUUGUUACUAAAACACAGAUUUUUCGCUAAAGAAACCUCAAGGAAACUCUUUAAAGGAAUCAAAUCCUCUUAAGACUGGCUCUGAGGAGGAUCCAAAUCCACUCCUUGGAUUUGUAUACAUAGAACAGACUUGUAUACAUGAUAAAUAAAAUAAUGCAUGUAUACAGUAAAAGCUACACUGUAUACAUAUUUGAGAUGCAUACAUAAUUUUUUAGUUCACUUAUGUAUACAGUAAAAGCUACACUGUAUACAUAACUAACUUGUAUACAU